AGAGAUCUAGAUUAUUUCUAGAUCUAGAUUCUAUCUAAGAUUUAUUCUCGAUCUAAUCUAAAUUAAGUCAGUCUACUAGAUCUAAUAUAUUAUAGAUCCCUAUCUUUAAAUCUAUAGAUUCUAGAUCUAGUUGACUGUCUCUUUCUUAAUUUAGUCUUAGACUAGUUAGACCACUUGACUUAGCUUACUGACUUAGACUGACUCUUAGUCGGCUUAGUGACCAACUUAGUCACAACUUAGUGGGCUUAACGCGGCUUAGGCUUGGGGCUUAGGCCUAGCCUAGGUUUUUAACAUGAACCUAAUACCGUCUAGACUAACUUGUCUUGAGACUACUUAGAGUGAGGUUAAACUUGUCUUAGACGCCUCCUUAGUCACUGACACUAGACCUCCUAUGACUAAGUUCUAACUCUAGAUCGAGAAUUCGAGAUCAUUCAUCAUUGAUGAGAUCUAUAUUAUAUGAAAAAUAAACACUAGUGGAGUAGUGCCCAGGGGAGACAGAGUUAGAGAGUACAGUAAUAACUUAAUAGACAGUUUUAGUUGAAAAAUGAAUGCCUAUCAAAAAGUUAUGUUUGUUUUUUUAUAUGUGGGCUACUCCACUUUAGUCUAUGUAAGACAGUCUGUCUCUUUUGCAGCUCCUGAUAUAGCUGAGUCAGAGAAUUUAAGUAACACUGAUUUAGGUGUGAUCAUAAGCAGUCAACAGUUGGGCUACACUUUCAUUAAAUUUAUUGGUGGUACAUUAGCAGAUCUUCUAGAUCCUGGAAUUACUUUUACGGCAUGUCUAAUUUUAACAGGAUUGAUUUCAGCUACAUUUACUGCUGUGCAUACAGUUUCUUACUUUGCAACACUUUGGUUUCUGUGCGGCAUGGCUCAGGGACCAGCAUGGUCGGCAUGUGCUGUAUUACUGAAGCAGAAGUUCCCACCUGAUCAGUUUGCUACAUGGUGGAGUGUAUUAUCUACAUCAGCAAAUGUUGCUGGUACAGCUGGCCCCUUUAUUUCUCAGUAUAUUGUGAGUGUUUUAAGUUGGCAAGCCGCUUUACUGUCUGCUGCCUUAUCUUCACUUGGAAUCGGAGUAAUGUGUUACUUUUUCUUUAAAUUGUUGAAGUCGCAUCACUCAUAUCAACGAAUUUCCAAGGAAAUUAGAGUACAACCACUUAAUUUAUCCAGUUUGUUCAACCCAUUGUUGAUCCUGCUAACUGUAAACUAUUUACUUGUCUCUAUCAUUAGAGGAGCUUGCAAUGACUGGGGGCUGCUAUACAUGAUCAAGUACAAAGGCCAGUCACAUUUGGCAGGGAGCAGUUUCAUUGGCAGUUUAGAAGUCGGAGGCAUGCUUGGAUCUAUUUUGUCUGGAUACAUUUCUGACUACAUGGUUUCUAAGGAAUCAAAUACUGCCAGACCCAGACUACAAAUUAUCAUGUAUUUGACCUGCUUACAGACUGUAGGGAUGUAUUUGUUGAUAUUUCAUAUCAAUACGUUUUCCUACCAGAUUUUAAUCAACCUGUUUGGUUUUAUUAUUGGCUUUGGCAUGUACAGUGCCAUAUCUUUACUAGGAGUCGUAGCCAUGGAAACAGCACCAGAAAAUCUUUCAGGCACUGCUCAUUCUAUGGUAACUCUAGGAGGAAAUAUAGGUCGAGUGCUGGCUGGUUACCCUCUCAGUGUGGUUGCCUCUUGGACUUCCUGGCAUGAAGGUUUUGUCUCUGUACUACUAACCAGUGUUUUAUCUAUGGUUUUGUCUUUCUUUUGUCUCAAAGUUUUAAAAGUUAAAGAAGAAACUAAGAUUCCUUAA